AUGCGGUUUGCGGAGAAGCAGCACUACGAGAGCGCCCCGAAGCGCUCCGACGUGCGUGUCUCUGCUGCCGCUCCCUUGUGGCGUGCUGCUGCAACAGAGUGCCUUACCGCACUGCUUUGUGACGUACAGUCACUUCGACUUCUCGGAGUGACGAUGGAGCUACUUUACUGUAAAAGUCCCAACAAGUCGAUGCAGCAAAUAAAUGUGGAUGAGCAUGAAAACGUUUCCGCCGCUCUCUCGCCGCAGAAUUUUUUCAAUGGUUUCAUAUGUGUUAAAGGCCGUGUGAUGUGUGAAAUGAACCAACUUCGUAGUCUCAGUCUGAGGUUGUGUGAGCUGACAGGCGGGAAUAGCCAACUCUCCGCGCACUUGCUUGCAGCCCUGUAUAGAUGGGAGGCCUCUGUAGGAAUUUUUAGACGCGACGACAGCUUCCAUUUCGACCGCGCUGAGCUAGUGGCACUGCUGGAUGACGUCACUGUUCACUUGGAAGGGGCGUUGCUGGAGCUGUGCAGCGAUGGGAAUCCGGCGGCUGCCAACAACCCAGCUGUAGUUGACUUCACAAAGGAGGCGGAUAAAGCGCGGGGAGAGAGCAUCGGUGGGACCUCGCUUAUCAGCGGCUGGUGCGACGGCUACAGGAGGUACGAUGCGGCAAGUGCAUUUCUUGCACUGAGUAGAUGGCUAGGACUUGACGUGAGUGUUAUUCUCUCCAACACCGUGUUGCGCUCCCUGUUGGUCGUCUUCACUGUUGUGGUUGGUCUUCCGGUGGCGCGAAUUCUCUUGGAUCUACACGCACUGAGCAGCGCAGGCUCCAGUAUUUUCUUGGGGAGUGACCGUUCUGCUGUGCUUGCGCCAUUCCACACCAUGAAUGUGGUUUGGACUUUUCUUUUUGCCUUGCAGUUGGUGCUGUUGCUGGGAGUGGGAUUUGUCUUCCUCAUCCUGCUCUCCAACGCCUCCUCCAACCUUGCCCAUGCUGCAAUCUUGCAGGCACUCUGCGUGCAGGGGACCACAUGCGUGCGGUGGACCGGUUCAAGCCCCUCCGGCGUCAAUGAUGUGUUCAACAAGGAGGAGGAUGCGGGGGGUGAUGAGGAUGAUGGUGAAAAAGACAUGAGUUUAACUGCACGAAAUGCAGUCAAAAUAGAGAAGGACAGUCACCUACUGUUUCCCGCAACGCACCAUCCGUGUGGUGAGGCAUAUGCCACGACUUUGUGUGGUGGCGCCUCGGACGGAAGUCUCCCGCAGCAGUGUCCGUAUGGUCAUUUUUGCUACGACCAGGCGUUGUGCGCGCUUCCGGUGGCAUCAUCUGCGGGGUGUCACGGGCCCAAAACCACUUUACCCGACACCGUGGAGAGUGAAAAGAAGACGUUGCCACCAUCGCCUGUGGUUGGCGACGGCCAUAGUUUACUUUACCUUCGAUGCAUGCAGGCGGAGCGGGAGUCCCAAGAGUUGUUCACUGAGGCCCCAAGUGGCGUCGGUGACAAAUACAAAGACUCCUCCCCCUAUGCUAAGCCAGACGGCACUGCAAGGAUUUGUUGUCACAUAACAGAAAAUUUACAGGACUGCGUCUGCCCGUUGCUCAUUGUAGAGUACGUUCCUCGUGCCAAGGCGUCAGGUGAGAAUUUCAAACCCAGGGAACUCAGAGAAAGGUAUCCUGUCGUCUACUGCAACCUUCCCGCUCUUGAACUGCUCCACUAUCGUUGUAUAACGGAUCUCGCUGGGAAGGACCUUGAGGAUGUCUUUGGGUUGUACCGCAACCCAAGAAAGUUGUCGCAUUUGAAGCGGGGUAAGCGGGAGAGUAUAGUCUCCGCGCUCCCAGCACUGCCACAGCGGCAGCGGCAGAACUCCCAAGGACGUUUUAUUUUUGUCCCAUUACCACCCUCAAAAGAGCAGGGACAGUGGGAGAAGAGUCAGGCUGCGGAAAAAGUUGCCGAUCUGCGUUGGCUUUUUAAAAACGGUGUGGAGGAGUUGCUUAUGGCGCAGGCAUUGCAUAACUCCUGCCACUUUGACGUGUAUGCCAUGAGCAUUGGCAACAUCACCUUACCCUUCUCCUUUUGUGACGAAAGGCAGUCGCUUGCCCCGCCACCAUCCACGGAAAGAAUGUACCUGGUGUUGCUGUUCCUUCGUGAAACCUACAAGGAGGCGAAGGAUGCUCCAUGGAAGGUCAGUAACAGUUACGUUUGUGGAGAGUCCGCGCCGCAGCCAGCCACUGCUCACGAGUCUCCAAUGGGUGAACUUUUCAGUACUCCGAUGCAGAAGCGGGCUUCUACUGCAAAUUCUGUGACACUCAGCCUUUUCCACCAUCGCGGAUCAUUGAUGAACGACGGCGAGCCGGCUAUUAAGGACCCCCAGGUCGAUAAUUCACGACGUAGACGCAGUACACGGACUGCACCCACCGGUCAUCCACGCACUAAACGUCAUUCUACGGUAAAAUGGCAUUCGUCAACCAUAUCAGCGGAGCGAGGCCAUGCUGUGGAUCAAGUCACAGCGCAGCUUCUACAGGAAAAGUUGAGUAGUCUGCUUGCCGUUCAUGAGGUGAAGCUCUCGCCGUGUGUGCCAGAGACCUUUUUAAUUAACUUUGCUGCCAUCAUGAUCUUUGUGAAUUGGGUGUUAAAGCGGUACAAACGCGUCAACUGUCUCGUGGAUUCCGAAAAUAUGUUUAUUCUUCUUAAGUUGAGGGCAAUCGACGAUGUGCCGCUUCUGAAGAGUAACAGUCAAACGUUUUCUGAGGAGACGAUAUUAAUGUCAUCUGGUUCUGGCGUCACUAACGGCGAAAGUCGAAGACAUUCCUCUCAUGACGCGGGGGUUGAGUCGCUUCUCUCAGCAAACCUUUUGGAGUACCUGCGCGUUUGCGAUGCCAGCAUUCAACUCACGGCUAAUGGAUGUACACUCUGUUUCCCGUACACCACGCAGGAACGACUGGCACUCAUUGAGGAUGCCGGGACCCUGCAACUCUCUACACUCAGAGGACUAUCACUGUUUGGUGUGACCGUCACAAACGCCUUGACCGAGGACGCGGUGGCGCAGACAAGUGGAAAGAUGAUUCAACUGCAGCAGUACACAGCUGCGGAGAAGCCCUUCUCUGAGGCGGUGCGCAAGGCCAAACUGGGGCCCUCGCGAAGGACCGAAGAAAACACCGUAAAUGUUUCAUUGAAUUUAAAAAGGGAAUCCGCUUCUAAACCCGAUUACAACAGUAGCGCCUCGGGAGCUUUUGCUGCCCCGUUAGUGCAGCCUGUGGAGGAAAUAUCAGGAAUCUCAGAGGGGAGCAUGGCGCGGUUGCCUCAGAUAUUCAGUAAUGAGCAUUCCAAAACGACGGAUCCCACUGCACACGCAGUAACGAUGGUGAGCGCACUAGAAUCAAGGUCGGGAUUUGACAUUAGCCAGGGAGGGAGUCCGGAGUGGUUCUCCGUCUCUACUUUUGCCCGAUUUCAUAAUAUCUUUGGUAGGUCCCUAGGCCGCAGCUGGAGUGACCCUAUGGCGGCAAGUGUUUCCAGUCAAAAUCUUCUUGGUAGCAAGGUCACUGGUUAUUCUAAGCGUUAUUUGCACUUUUUUUUGUACAUGGAGGAGAAUCGAGAGGAUGUAGUGCAGCAUCUUUGGUCCGGAGGUCAUUCCGCGACGGUGGUGAGCGAUCCAGUGGCAAUGAAGCGGUAUCUCUUUGUUGGCAUGGACGCCUUUGACGUAGUGUUUAUUGAGUGGUCAGAAAAGCUGGUGACGCCGGAAAUUCGUGAGCUUAUUGCUGAAAACGCGGGAAGUAAGACUGCGAUAUUGUAUGUGUUGAACGAAGAUGCGAGUUCCCUCCCACUUCCGCCUGAUACCCCGGAUGAGGCAGUGCUGCGGCUUCGCGGCAUUGGGGAUGUCUUUACGAACCCUGCCAUUGGUCGCAACCUGAGCCUUUACAUACGGCAGCGUCAGCUGCGGCAAGAGAUGACGCAAAUUCGCUGGCGCAAAAACUAUCAGAUUGUCCGUCAGAUUGGUGGGGGCGCCUUUGGUGAUGUCUACGAGGUUUAUCUCUUUGUCUCGCAGGGGCGGUUGGCGAUGAAGCGGUUGUUUCUCAACGGAGCCAGUAAUCGCCUUCUGGAGCAGCUGAAUCGCGAGGUGCUGAUUAUGAGUCAGAUGGACCACCCAAAUAUAGUGAGUUUUUCUCACUCCUCAAUGGAGGACAACGCCUACUGCAUAUUUAUGGAGUUGUGUGAUGGCACCUUGGGGCAGCGUCUGCAGCGGGGCUUCGCGACAAUGCAAGACUCACAGCGACUUCAGAAACCGCCACUACCACGUUUGUCAAAUGGCGCCUCGUUUCCACUGCAGCCAGAUGGAAACACAAGUAAUAGGCCGGAUACAGAGCCUGACGAGUUGUCUAAAAUUCCAGAGCCUCUUACUGCAAGAGAAAUAGUGCUUGUUUUGCGCGAUAUCGCGAGUGGUAUUGCCUACAUGCAUUCCAAGGGCAUCGUACAUCGUGAUAUAAAGCCUUGCAAUAUUCUCUUCUGUAGUGGCGUGGCAAAGAUUGGAGACUUUGGUUCCGCCGCCGAAGAGUGCACUGCGAAGCCGCUUGUCAACAUGAAAGGCACUUUGGCGUAUAUGUCGCCUGAGGUGUUGCUGGGUGAACCGUAUGGGCGACCAUGCGAUAUGUGGUCCUUUGGAUGCUUACUGGCGGAAAUCAUUGGGUUACGUCUCGGCCAUCUACAGGGGCUACACUUUCCUGCCCUUGUGGAGUUAUACAAGUCUAUCCCCCAGGCUGGAAGUCUGCCCAUCACCGUGGCCAAUUACAAGGGUGGGAAACUGCAGCACCACUUUGGGAGCACCACAACGCAAAAGAUAUUAGGGGCCAUGAAAGACGCCUGCCAUGACGCUUAUAGCAAGCGGGGUGAGAGUCCUACACAGCGUCGUUGCGCGACCUCCAUUAUUGCGAAGGAUAGACUGCUGUCUAAUGAGAAUCAGACGUCGUCGGAUGACAAACUUCAAAGUAGCAUGGGCUGUGACAGUGCGAGGGCAGUAACGUAUAUAACCAGCAAUAGUACAACAUUUUUGGGCUCCGAAAAGACCGAACUACCGGAAAGUCUUGUGGAGUUAUUGGAAAAUCUCCUUCACCGUGACCCGCAGAAGCGUAUGACCGCGGAGGAUGUGCUGCACCACCCUGCGACAUGGGAUGUUGAGUGGAUGGAAAUGGUGAUACGUGCCGUGGAGGAGGUAUGUUCUCUCGACAUGGACGACGCCCUGGUAGACGCUUCCCAGGGCGAAACCAGCGCUGAGAGAGAGGAAAACUUGGAUCUAUCCAUCUCUUCUGUAUAA